CUCACAUAAUUGGCAUGAGAGACGGGUGUGACCCAGUGGAGCGGCAACAGGCGCCAGCAUCUGCGUCGUCGUUGGAAUGGCAGCUGUAUGUUUGAAAUGGCGUGACGUCAUUGUGAUGGUGUGGUGGCAGCGUCAUCAAAAGAGGCCUCCUUUUCCGCCCAUUUGGCAGGAAAUUGUCAGUGUUGGUGGCGAGGCAGCUGUUGGAGGGGAAGCUCUGUCUGUGUAUUGGCAGUGGCUGUCUCUGAAUCGCCGAUUGGGCACAUCAAUAGGCGCCGCCAGAACGCAUGCUUUCGCGUGCGCUGGCGAUUUGGGCCCAGACCCUCCAGAUCGUCGAAUGGAUCGUGGUCGGUCCAUUCGUCGUCAUCCUCGUCGUCAAUUGCUUCACAGUCCAUAUCGGAUUCGGAGUCCGAUAUGGCUGCGGCGUCAUGGUGCGUAUUUGCAGUUGGUCGUGGUGAUGGCUGUGUGGAUGCUGCUGGUUGAAUGUGUCCACUGCCCGUUCGAUGCUCCUCCACACGCGUAUACAAAUUCAAAUCCAAACGAUCAACAUCAAUGAAGACGCCACUUUCCUGAUAACUUGACCGCCAUGUGACCGUUGGAAUAGGAAUUUUGUCAAACCUACCUACAUGUGUUUUCGGCGUGAUGAGUACGAUGAUGUGUGUUAAGAGCCAGAUUAGAUGCUCUCCAGGCGAUUUACGCCCAUUCAAUUAUUUUGGUAGGUAAUGCUAUUAUCUACUUUCACAUGAAAUGAAGCCUUACGCCGAAAAUGAAAUACUCUUGUAAGUGGAAUUCCACAUAGAUAUAUUGGAUUUCUAGAAUUGGAAGUAUCCUGCAUGCAUGUGCUCCUAAAGUCAGAUGACCAAUAAAUCUGUAUCUUUCAAAAUGGAUGUUGGGCUCCCCACGCAACAUACCCAACCAUCUAUAUUUGGUACUUAUGUAUGAGCGUAUAGUGAUAUUAAAGCACGAUCCAGUACAAAGUAUAGUUCUGGCUGAUGUUUCCUAUAGCAGAUAUAUAAUUUUGCGGUGAUCCGAUACUGAUUCAA